UUCUAGCUUCUGCUUACUCCUCUGGAAUAUUCACUCUCUCUCCUGGAGCCCGGUGUUUGUGGAAGCCAUGAGUGGGGUGUUUAUGAAAAAGCUGGAAGCUUUGUGAGCACACGCCACAUGUCUAGGAGCAAGAAUGUUCAGCACUGCCAAGGACAGGCACUGGUAAGGGGGCACCAUGCCCUUCCCUUCCACGGUCUCUUGGUUAUUUCUUUCCUAAGACCCACAUUUAUAGAACAGUCAUGUUAGCCAGUAGGUGGGUCAGUUUGUAGUUUAUGACAAAUGGCAUGCUUUGUGGAUAUCUGUCAAAAUCUAGCAGCAAACUUUCAUAAUUGUGAAACAUAUUUACAGUAUAUUGUAUUUCUAGCUGUCUCUGGAGGGUCUGAACAAUCUACAUAGGCUUCUGGGCAGUUUCCUUGUGCAGCAGAGCACUGUGUGAUGUGUACUGCCAGCAAGAAUCAAACCAUUUCUCCACACAGCUGUCCAAGACACUCACAUGCUCUUCUUGGCUUCCGUGUUCUGACAGUCCAGGCAGUUAGCAAAUCUGUAACUGUGGUCUGCCUCAUGGGCUGAGCUCCCCGUCGGUACUUAGAGAUGUGGGUAAUCCUGGUGUUUCUUCUGAGCUGAAAAUGCAGUGUUGUGCAGAAGAAACACCACACCAACAGACCAUACAAACAGUAAGCUUCGCACACAAGCUUCUAGUGUAACCAAGCAACUGACACAUUAGACAGACUUUGCCAUCGGCGUGCAUUCUCGGGGAACUUAGGUCAGUGCCUAAAAUAACCCUGCUAAUUGUGAGGGGCACAUGUGGGAUGAAAUUCCAGUUAGCAGUCUGGGAGCUGAGUGACUGAGCAUUUGAAACCUUACUGUCAUUACAGUUCACUGCAAGCCUCUAAAGCAGUUAGGCCCACAGCUCUUGGCCUGUCCAGGUACGGAAAGAAAGUCAUGUGUGUAUAUUAUAUUCUCUGUUUGUAAAGCUGGUUAACCGGUGACAGCCGGUUGAAAACCAAAUCGACUUGAGUCACCCGAUCUGGGCUUUCUCUCUGCUGCUUUUUGCUUGUUGUAUGGUGGAGUAAUUGCAGAGUGGAUGGCUUGGCCAAAGGACAGGAAACUGCAGCAACCUGUUUAGGACACUGCCACACACCGGACUUCUUCAUUCAGGAUAUUUGCGAGGAUAUUUCCGACCACGUGGAGCAGAUCCAUGCCCUCCUUGAGACGGAGUUCUCCCUGAAGCUGCUGUCCUACUCGGUCAAUGUCAUCGUAGACAUCCACGCAGUGCAGCUGCUCUGGCACCAGCUCCGCGUAUCCGUGCUGGUCCUCCGGGAGCGCAUCCUACAAGGUCUGCAGGACGCCAAUGGCAACUACACCAGGCAGACUGACAUUCUGCAAGCAUUCUCUGAAGAAACAACAGAGGGCCGGCUUGACUCCCUCACAGAAGUGGACGACUCUGGGCAGUUAACUAUCAAAUGCUCUCAGAAUUAUUUGUCUCUGGAUUGUGGUAUUACUGCCUUUGAACUUUCUGACUACAGUCCAAGUGAGGAUCUGCUUGGUGGCCUGGGCGACAUGACCACUAGCCAGGCCAAAACUAAAUCGUUUGACUCUUGGAGUUACAGCGAGAUGGAAAAGGAAUUUCCCGAGCUCAUCCGAAGCGUUGGGCUGCUUACAGUGGCCACUGAGCCUGUCCCUUCCAGCUGUGGAGCAGCCAAUGAGGACUCAUCUCAAGUGAUCCUUUCAGAGGACCACAGAGGUGGACAUGAGGAAGAUGGCGCUCUUGAACCUGGAGAGCAGCUGGGCUCAACACUGGAGACGUCUUCCUUAGGGGACACACUGACAAACGCUGCUGAACACCCUCCGGAGACAGCAAACCAAGACUCUACUUCCUCUCCGCAGCUUGGUGCGAAAAAAUCCCAGCCUGGUCCUUGUGAAAUGAUGACUCCCAAGAGAUCCAUCCGCGAUUGCUUUAAUUAUAACGAGGACUCUCCCACGCAGCCCACAUUGCCCAAAAGAGGGCUAUUUCUAAAAGAAACUCUUAAGAACGAGCGGAGAGGCAGUGAUGGGAAGGGGAGGGUGGUUGACCUGAAGCCUGAGCUGAGCAGAAGCACCCCGUCCCUGGUGGAACCCCCUGACAGAUCGAAGCUCUGCCUAGUGUUGCAGUCUUCCUACCCCAGCAGCCCUUCUGCCGCCAGCCAGUCCUAUGAGUGUUUGCACAAGGUGGGGAUCGGCAAUCUUGAAAACAUAGUCAGAAGUCACAUUAAAGAAAUUUCUUCCAGUUUGGGAAGGCUUACUGACUGCCAUAAAGAGAAACCGCGACUGAAAAAGCCUCACAAGACCUUGGCCGAGGUGUCCCUGUGCAAAAUACCUAAACGGGGAACUGGUUCAGGAAAGCAAUCCGAGAAUACCAGGAGCUCAGUCGUGCCGACCAUGGUGUCUCCUGGAGCUCCGAAAGCCACGGCGAGACCAGCAACAGAUUCUGCGUCUACAACCUCAGGUGACACGUGCCAUCAGAGAAAUCGGGGUGGAAAAUUGCCAGCGCAGUCGAAGGCCUCCAGCUCAUCCCCUUGUAGUCACAGCAGUGAGUCCUCUCUUGGCUCAGACAACAUCAAAUCCCCACUUCCUCUCCUUUCAAAAAGCCAAAAAGGCUCCCCACCCGCUCCAUGUCACGCCACACAGAACGGUCAGGUGGUGGAGGCCUGGUACGGCUCUGAUGAAUACCUAGCGCUGCCAUCUCACCUCAAACAAACGGAGGUGUUAGCUCUGAAACUGGAGAACCUAACCAAGCUUCUACCCCAGAAACCCAGAGGAGAGACUAUCCAGGAUAUUGAUGACUGGGAACUGUCUGAGAUGAAUUCAGACUCUGAAAUCUAUCCAACGUACCAUAUCAAGAAAAAACACACAAGGCUAGGCACCGUCUCUCCGAGCUCAUCCAGCGACAUAGCCUCAUCUCUCGGGGAGAGCAUUGAAUCUGGGCCCCUGAGUGACAUUCUUUCUGAUGAGGACUUAUGUAUGCCCCUCUCCGGCAUGAAAAAGUUCACUGAUGAGAAAUCAGAGAGACCUUCAUCCUCUGAGAAGAAUGAGAGCCAUUCUGCUACAAAAUCAGCCUUAAUUCAGAAACUAAUGAAAGAUAUUCAGCACCAAGAUAACUAUGAAGCCAUCUGGGAAAGAAUUGAGGGGUUUGUGAACAAGCUGGACGAAUUCAUUCAGUGGCUAAACGAAGCCAUGGAGACCACGGAGAACUGGACUCCGCCUAAAGCCGAGACCGACAGCCUCCGGCUGUACCUGGAGACACACUUGAGCUUUAAGUUGAACGUAGACAGUCACUGUGCCCUCAAGGAAGCCGUGGAGGAAGAAGGACACCAACUUCUUGAGCUCAUUGCGUCUCACAAAGCAGAAGGACUGAAGGACAUGCUGAAGAUGAUUGCAAGUCAAUGGAAGGAGCUGCAGAGGCAAAUCAAACGGCAACACAGCUGGAUUCUCAGAGCCCUGGACACCAUCAAAGCCGAGAUACUGGCUACUGAUGUGUCUGUGGAGGACGAGGAGGGGACGGGGAGCCCCAAGGCUGAGGCUCAGCUCUGCUACCUGGAAGCUCAGAGAGACGCUGUGGAGCAGAUGUCCCUCAAGCUGUACAGCGAGCAGUAUACCAGUGGUAGCAAGAGGAAAGAAGAGUUUGCCGACAUGUCGAAAGCGCAUUCGGUGGGAAGCAAUGGGCUUCUGGACUUUGAUUCAGAAUAUCAGGAGCUCUGGGAUUGGCUGAUUGACAUGGAGUCCCUUGUGAUGGACAGCCACGACCUGAUGAUGUCAGAGGAGCAGCAGCAGCAUCUUUACAAGCGCUACAGCGUGGAAAUGUCCAUCAGGCACCUGAAAAAGACAGAGCUACUUAGCAAGGUUGAAGCUUUGAAGAAAGGUGGCCUUUCACUACCAAAUGAUAUCCUGGAAAAAGUGGAUUCAAUUAAUGAAAAAUGGGAGCUGCUUGGGAAAACCCUAAGAGAGAAGAUACAGGACACAAUGGCAGGCCACAGUGGGUCGGGCCCACGUGACCUGCUCUCUCCUGAAAGCGGAAGCCUGGUAAGGCAGCUGGAGGUCAGGAUCAAAGAGCUGAAAAGGUGGCUAAGAGAUACAGAGCUUUUCAUCUUCAAUUCCUGUCUGAGACAAGAGAAGGAAGGAACGAGCGCCGAGAAACAACUCCAAUACUUUAAGUCGCUCUGUCAUGAGAUCAAGCAGCGGCGUAGAGGAGUGGCCUCCAUUCUGAGGUUGUGCCAGCACCUUCUGGAUGACCGGGACACUUGUAAUCUGAACGCAGAUCACCAGCCCAUGCAGCUGAUCAUUGUAAACCUUGAAAGAAGGUGGGAAGCCAUCGUCAUGCAAGCUGUCCAGUGGCAAACACGGUUACGAAAGAAGAUGGGAAAAGAAUCUGAGACUCUGAAUGUGAUUGACCCUGGCUUGAUGGACCUGAAUGGAAUGAGUGAGGAUGCCCUGGAAUGGGAUGAGACAGACAUAAGUAACAAACUCAUUAGUGUGCAUGAAGAAUCCAACGACCUUGAUCAAGACCUGGAGCCUAUGGUCCCAACAGUGAAACUUGAAGAGACACACCACAAGGACUCCGGUUAUGAAGAGGAGGCAGGUGACUGUGGAGGGUCCCAGUAUACCUCAAAUAUCACUGCCCCUUCCAGCCCACACAUUUACCAAGUGUACAGUCUCCACAAUGUUGAGUUCCACGAGGACAGCCACACUCAGUUUCUAAAAAGCAGCCCCAAGUUCACAGGCACAGUGCAGCCCACUGUUUUAACUAAGAGCCUCAGUAAAGAUUCUUCAUUUUCAUCCACAAAAUCGUUACCAGACCUUUUAGGGGGUUCCAGCUUGGUGAGGCCUUACUCGUGUCAGAGUGGAGACUUGAGCCAGAAUUCAGGCAGUGAGAGUGGAAUUGUCAGCGAAGGAGACAAUGAGAUGCCAACCAACUCCGACAUGAGCUUGUUCAGUAUGGUCGAUGGGUCCCCGAGUAACCCUGAAACACAACAUCUGGACCCACAAAUGGGAGACGCAGCCAAUGUGCUGGAGCAAAAAUUUAAAGAUGAGGGGGAGUGCAUUAAGCUUUCAAGUGUCUCUCAGGCAUCUGUCUCACCAGUGGGUUGUGUAAAUGGGAAAGCUGGGGACUUAAACAGUAUUACCAAACACACCACUGAUUGUUUGGGAGACGAAUUACAAGGAAAACAUGAGGUGUUUACAUUUUAUGACUACUCGUACCUCCAAGGCUCAAAACUCAAAUUCCCAAUGAUAAUGAAACAGCCGCAGAGUGAGAAGGCACAUUUGGAGGAUCCCCUUCUUCGUGGUUUCUAUUUUGAUAAAAAGUCCUGCAAACCUAAACAUCAGACUUCUGAGUCACAACCAGACGCGCCCCUCCAUGAAAAGAUCUUGGCAAGUGCCCCCCACGAGAUGGGUCGAAGCUCAUACAAAAGUAGCGACAUAGAGAAGGCACUCACGGGCAUCCAGAAUGCCCGACAGCUCUCCCUUUUAUCUCGUAGCUCAUCUGUAGAGUCCCUUUCCCCAGGGGGUGAUUUGUUUGGAUUGGGAAUCUUUAAAAAUGGCAGUGACAGCCUCCAGCGAAGCACUUCUUUAGAAAGUUGGUUGACAUCCUAUAAGAGCAACGAGGAUCUUUUUAGCUGUCACAGCUCUGGGGACAUAAGUGUGAGCAGUGGCUCGGUUGGUGAGCUGAGCAAGAGGACAUUAGAUCUUUUGAAUCGUCUGGAGAACAUACAGAGCCCCUCAGAGCAAAAGAUCAAGCGGAGUGUUUCAGAUAUCACUCUGCAAAGCAGUUCCCAAAAGAUGUCCUUCAGUGGCCAGAUGUCACUGGAUGUCGCAUCCUCUAUCAAUGAAGACUCGCCGGCAUCUCUUACCGAACUGAGUAGCAGCGAUGAGCUCUCUCUUUGCUCGGAGGACAUUGUGUUACACAAAAACAAGGUCCCAGAGUCCAACGCAUCAUUCAGGAAGCGCCUGAAUCGCUCGGUGGCUGAUGAGAGCGACGUCAAUGUCAGCAUGAUUGUCAACGUCUCCUGCACCUCUGCUUGCACUGAUGACGAAGACGACAGCGACCUCCUCUCCAGCUCCACUCUCACCUUGACGGAAGAAGAGCUGUGUCUCAAAGAUGAGGAUGACGACUCCAGUAUCGCAACGGAUGAUGAAAUUUAUGAGGAAAGCAACCUGAUGUCUGGGCUGGACUACAUCAAGAACGAACUGCAGACGUGGAUAAGACCCAAACUUUCCUUGUCGAGAGAAAAGAAACGGCCCAGUGUCACUGAUGAAAUAAAGGUCAAUAAAGAUGGAGGAAGUACCGAGAGGGCCAAUCCCUCGGACACCCUGGACAUUGAGGCCCUUCUAAAUUGCUCCAUAAAACGUCUCUCUGAAAACAAUGGGAAUGGCAAGAACCCACCCAGAACUCAUGACUUAGGAACCAAAGGUGAAAAUAAGAAAAAUACGUACGACGUUACUAAAGAUCCACAUGUGGCCGACAUGGAAAAUGGCAAUGUUGAAAGUACUCCAGAGAGAGAAAAGGAGAAGCCAGAGAUCCCAGAGGCAUCAGCGAACCUUGCUUCAAAUGUGAAAAAGAUUUCUGAAUCCAAGCACGACGAGUAUGAAGCAUUAAUGGAUGGUUCUGAUGAUUCAAGUGUCACUGGGAAGGAAUUUGGUCCCCCAAAUGAUAGGCAUCCUCCACAGAUUGGUGCCGAUCCCCAGCAUCCUGAAAGGGGUGACUGCACAUCAGUCCAGAACUCUUGCUCAGGACUACUGUUGGAAACCGGUGGCGGAAGCAGACAAGAUAGUGAUGGACUCAAAUCUUUGUCUAAUGAUGCACCAAGUGUGGCUAGAAACGCUGCUGGUUGCUGCCUACUCGAACAAAAUGAGACAGAGGAAAGUGCUUCUAUCAGCAGCAGCACUUCCUGUUGCAACUGCAAGCCAGAUGUUUUCCAUCAGAAAGAUGAUGAAGAUUGUUCGGUACAUGACUUUGUUAAGGAAAUCAUUGACAUGGCAUCAACAGCCCUCAAAAGUAAAUCACAACCUGAGAGUGAGGUGGCCGCUCCCACGUCACUGACCCAAAUUAAGGAGAAAGUGUUAGAGCAUUCGCAUCGGCCCAUACACCUGAGGAAGGGAGAUUUUUACUCCUACCUAUCUCUUUCGUCCCAUGACAGUGACUGUGGGGAGGUCACCAAUUACAUAGAUGAGAAGAGCAACACCCCAUUGCCACCAGACACCGUGGACUCUGGCUUAGAUGACAAGGAAGACGUGGACUGCUUCUUUGAAGCUUGUGUUGAGGACGAGCCUGCUGAUGAGGAAGCCCGUCUCUCCAGUGCCCUUCCAAAUGAAUCAGAAGUCCAGGAUGAAGCUGCUAAGCCAGAACAAAUGACAGCCAGCUCUUCUGUGUUCCGUGAUGAGACAGACACGGUGCCUCUUUCAGGACUUUCCCCUCAGAAGGGAGCUGAUGAUGCAAAGGAAGGAGAUGGUGCGUCCCACACUUCCCAGGGCUGUGUGGAGAGCGCAGAGCCUACCACCCCCCCAGGAAAGGCCAAGAGAGAGGGGAGUUCAAGAAAGCAAAGUGUAUCAGGAACGCCAGAAGAAAACGCUGCUUCAGCCAAACCGAAAAUUCAAGCUUUCUCUUUGAAUGCAAAACAGCCAAAAGGCAAGGCUGCACUGUAUCCCAGCCCCCAAACUUUAACCUGCAAAGAGAAGCUCGUAAGCUUUCAUGAAGAUCGACAUAGUAACAUGCAUAGGUAGAAUGUAAUGCCCCCAAGCAUGGAACUCAUCUCAUUGAAAGAUAGCCUGGCUGAAGCUCGGGGCUGGCCUGACCCACCCUGGGCUGGUCUUGGGUUCCAUCCUGUUAUCAUCACUGCCUCCUGCCACGUUGACUUCCUGAAGACGAACCUUCCUUCUGAAUGCGGUCUGUCCACGUGGGCCUCCCGAUAUGGAUGUGUGCAUUGCUCCUCUUAGGUGAUCGUCUUAGUUCCUCAAAGCUGCUUGUUCUCCCGUGGAUUCCUGUCCCAAGCUACCUCUGGCAACCCUCUCUCCAGCAAGACUUCUAUUUUCCCUCUCUCCUCCCUCCUCCUUUUAAAGCUCUGCAGUUCACCAAAUUGAUGGUCCAUUAAACCCACUGUCUGGAAUGACACCCCUCCCAUCGGUACUUGACCAAUUUUAUGUUUUGCUCUGAAAUUUUUCAUGAUAUUAUGCCUAUGUUUAUUGAAAGAGAUUUACCUAAAAAGCCAUCCCUUGAUUUGAUUGUAGUAUAGAAGAGACACAUUGAUCCUUAUGACAAAAUUAAGUGAUGUUUUGAAAGUGCCAUUUUAAUUAUUUCUUUUUAAUAAUAAUCUAUGCAGCACUUCAAGAAACAACUAUAACAGUGUUGUAUAAACUGGUACAUUCUACUAUUAAGUUUGUUUUUGGUUUCUAUGCUUCUUGAGGUGGUAAUGAGAAAAAUGUUUGUUUUUUUUUUUAAACGGUGUGCCUUGCUGUAUUUCUUAUACCAUUUAUUAAAAAGCUGCUUUUGUGGUAAUAUUAUGUUGGUUUGAAAGGAGGAAAUAGCAAGGUUAAGAUGCGUGAAUAAUUUCUGUAUAUAUGUAUAAGCUAAUACAAACACUGAUGUAUGACAGUAUAAAAUGCUUUCAUGUUUGUGAUGUCCAGUGAUGUGGAGAAUAUAAGCCUUAAACCCGUUCGAUUGCAUGGUAAUUAAAAUUGGCAUAAUAAAAAUAGCUUAUUGGGGGAAAGGAAAAUUAAUGAUCUCUUCUACCUGUGUUCUUUACCAAAUUCUUGCAUCUGGUUCUAGAAAAGAAAAAAGAAUCAAACUCCAUAUAUUAGCUUCCAAAAUAUCCAUAUUGCACAGAAGGCUUACAUUGCUUAGACUACAGACUAGGCCUGAAGCCUUCAUAAUUUUCAAAAAUCUUUCUGUUUCACUAUAAACAUCCUGAAAUAGCAAAGGUUUAAAGGCCAUUUCCAUCAACAAUGUUUUAUUCUAAAUGUUUUUAUUUCUACUUGCUAAUGGUUUAAUAAUAGUUGUAUUUGGAGAUCUCUUACAUGACCUAAUUUAUUUUAAAUAUUUGAAUGGUUUUGGUGGAUGGUAUAGAAAAUUUGAUUAUUAUUUUAUUUAAACUAUAGAUUUCAGGUAUAUUUAUUUUGUUAAGAAAAAUCAACAGAGGAAUAUUCCAUUUGGUCUUUUUUUUUUUUUGACUUGAAGAAUUCAGCUUUUAAUUUAUAUCAUAACUCCUACUAAAGUGCCUGACACACAGUAGGUAUUUCAUAGAGUUUCCUGAAUUUGAGUAUUGAGUGGGGUUUUACAUAUAUAUAUUUAUAUAUGUUUCCUGCAUUAAAACUAGAAAAAGACGUGCAAAGUGAAGCACAUCUAUAAUCACACAUUUAUAAUCAGAUUUCCAAAAGCCAAUAGAACAUGACAGACAUAUGUAGCCACCGAAAUGACAAUCAUUCAUUCAAUAGAUUACUCAUUAGCAUCUUUUGCCUGCAAGUCACUAUUCUAUAUUCAGGGAGAGCAGCUAUGAACGAUGCACUGCCUUUGGAGGUUUAUCUAUGUUUGAGACAGAGUGACUGACCACACAGACGUGUGUGCCAUAACGUCCCACAGAUGAGGAAGAAAGCAAGUGUAGAGAAAGAGUCACAACGAGAGAGACAGCGGUGAGAGGCUGGGGCAAAGAGAAAGGCUAUGGGAGAAGAGGGGUUAGCAGGGCUUCACUACAUGUGUGAAAAGAGAGAAAGCCAAAUAGAGAGACCUGCAAGAUGUUUACAGAGCUGACAUGGAGCGUUUGUGUGCUGUGUAGUAGGUAUAGGAGACCCAGUAGCUUGUGCGGGGCUUUAUUUUAUCCCACAAUUGGAACUUUACUGGCGUCCUCCCAGGAACACUUAAAUAAUUUUGCGUGGAUUUUGCCCCUUCUAAUCUUUGCUGCACAUAUUUUUAAAUGGAUGGCUCAUUCUAGGCUUUUGGGUAUGUAGUGACUUCUUCCAACGGAGUCUUAGAGAGACAUCUAGUUAUAGUGUUUAUGAGGAUCACAAAGGGGAGAUGUUAGACAUAACUAUGUUGUAGGGGGAAAGAAAGGGGAAAUUAGCUAGAUUUAAGGCAAUGACAGAGUGCACAGGGAUCGUAGCCUGAAAUACAGAGAAAGACAGAUCUUAGAGCCCUGAAAAGUAUUUGAACAUUUUUGGACCUCUGUUAGGAUAUGGCAUUAUUUUAUAUACUGAGACAACCUGAAUUUCUCUUAGUAAGUAAUGUCAAGUCUAAGUCUAUUGAAAAGACAUUCAAAAAAUUAAUGGACCAUGCUGGACUAUUUGCCUCUUUUGUACUCAUGAAGACUUAGAAUUUGAAAAUAUUUAUUAGUUAUCUGCUUAACACUAACACCAAGUUGAUCAGGUUGACUCUUGAGUUUAUUGAUGCCUUUUCCAGCCAGAAGAGAUGGAAGAGCCUCAGUCUCAUACCCUGUGUAGACACUAACUUCCCAUCUGCAUUUGAAAACAGCUCAUUUGGUUUGUAUUGAUUUGAUCAACACUAUCUACGCAUGUCCCAUGACAAUUGUUUGUUAUUUGUUAAGGCAAAGUAUCCCUCUUAUGGGCAUGUGUUUCUGUUAGAAUGUGCUCUCUUAGGUUGCUAAAUAAAGUCCACAGGGUACCCCUCCCCUUUUAGUUUGGUGUAUUGGUCCUAUGCCUGUGCUGCAGAGAGGCCCUUAGAAGAUUCCUGGUCCCUCUGUCUCAUGGCCGCCCUUCAGGUAAUUGAGAACAGUUACUCUCUUUCACAGGCAGUUCCUCCAACUGCCCUUCAUAUAUCAUGACUUCAGAUCCAUUUCAACCUGACUGAAUGUUAAACAGGCAGAACCCUUGAUGUCAAGGGACUGUCUUCAUCCUACAUGUAGAGAGGUGUGUGGACACUUAAGUGAUAAGUUUUCUCAAAAAUAUAUUCAAGAUAUAUGUUUAUUCUACUAUUGUAAAUUUCAAUAAAUAAACAAAUAAACAAGUGAAUAAAAUAAGAAUCCAUGACUUCCUUCUGUGGUCCAGGCUAGUGCUGGAGUCAUCUUGAAUCUUUUCCUUAUGUUGGAUUCAAACCCAACAUUUCCAUGGAAAACAGAUCUGCCUUUCCUAUCAUUCACCCACUAAUUUAUUCAAUCAUUCAAACAUUCAUAGAGUAGCCACUAGUGUGUGGCAUAGCAUUGUCUCACCUACACAAAGACAACUGAAGCAUAUGUGCUUAGAAGUUUCUCUCUGAUCAUACCCUUGAAGAUAAUAAUUAUGACAUUUCCCCCCAGAUUAAUUUUCCCCAGACCCACUUACUUUGCCUCUUAUCUAUAUGUCUACACUAUCAAAAAUCAGGUGAGCAAAUUGAUAUGUCCUAUGGUCUGGAUGAAACUGUGAGAAGAAGUGAAGUGGCUUAGUAUUUUUCAGAUAUUUUGUUUGUUUGUUUGUUUGUUAUUCAACAAAUCUGCAAACAAGAUAGCAGUCUGAAUCUGGGGCCUGUGACAGCCCAGGUUUGAUUAUCUUGUUGCUUGGUUCACUCGACUUGGCUUUUCACCAUAAUAGCUGAGAAGAGAGUGGGUGCAAAUGUCAAACAGUGAGGUGAGCCAGCUGGCUUUCACAGGGAGAGCUGUGCUCUCUUCUGAAUGAAACAGAAAUACCUGAGGUUCCUUAGAGUAACUAACCCCCGAGUAUCAGCACUUGUGAAGUAGAACUUGGACCACCAAAACACCUCUUUUCAGAUACACAUAGCACAUAGCUUUCCACAUUUUUAUUUUGGUAAUUUUAGACUUAUGGAAAAGCCAAGUGGAACAAGAACAAUGUCUCUGCACACUUCGCUUAGAUACAUUUACUUUUGGAAUUUGUAUCUCUCUUUCUGUCCAUGUCACACCACAUGACACUCACACACACACACACACACACACACACACACACACACACACACACAGACAUGCACAUACACGUGUGUGCACACACACUACCUUCUUGUAUGAUUGUACCAUUAAAAAUUCAUUUUCUGCGUACAACACUUCAUUUAUAAAGAUGAGCUACUAUGACAAGGAGCAAAGGCAUUUUCUACAAGUCUGUAAUACUUUACGAUAAUACGUAGUAAUCCUUAUUACAGUUUCUCUACUUUUUUUUUCUUUUACAUCCAAAUUUAAUUUGUAUCAGAUUCUGUGACACUUUUCUUUUUUUUUUUUUUUUUUUACAGUUUCUCUACUUUAAGAUAUGCUUUGUGUGUGUGUGUGUGUGUGUGUGUGUGUGUGUGUGUGUGUGUGCCUUUACCUUCAACCUAGUGCCCAAAUAAUGACCAGAUAGGUGUUUUAGCUUUGUAUCUUCUUGAUCUGAAACAGGUUUUUCAUUCUCUUAUUCCCCUUUUGGUCCUCACUGUAUUGACAUUUCUGAAGAGUUCAGAUCAGUUUUGUAGAAUGAGUCAUAACUUGGAUAAGUCCUGUUAUCUUCUCGUUGUAAAUCUCAGGAUGAGCUGGUUUUGUGACUAUAGCUUAUGAGUGAUGGUGUGUUCAGAUCAUGGAUGGAGUGGGAGUGGAUCACCUACAUUCUUGCUUCACAUUUUUCUUUUGUUUUCUCAGGCAGAGGUCAGCAGAUCAUGGCCCGUGGGCCUGAUUUAACCCCCUGCCUAUUUGCGUUUGUCCUGGGAAUUAAGAAUGACGUUUACUUUUUUAUGGGGCUGAAAAACAAUAAAAAGAAUGUUUUUGUGAAAAGUGAAAGUGACAAGAAAUGAAAAUGUUUGUGUCAGUGACUAAAGCCUUCUUGGAACACAACCACACACUUGUUUACACUAGAUUUGCACUAGAACUGCAGUUACUUAGCAUAGUAUGUCUGAGAUGUUUUCAUAUAUGACCCAUGGGAAACUCCCUUCUGAUCUCUGAUCUAUGGAAUUAUAACACCUGAUGCCAUUCUCUAAGAGGCCAAUAGACUGCAAAGUCAAUGGGACAUAGAACAUGCAAGCUUCUCUUUCUAGUUUUUUUCACAUUGUCAGUUUCAGUUCCAUGAAGAGAUCCAUUGACAUUCUUUUCUUUUUUGUUUUUUGUUUUUCGAGACAGGGUUUCUCUGUGUAGCCCUGGCUGUCCUGGAACUCACUUUUGUAGACCAGGCUGGCCUCAAACUCGGAAAUCCGCCUGCCUUUGCCUCCCAAGUGCUGGGAUUAAAGGCGUGCGCCACCACCACCUAGCUCCAUUGACAUUCUUAAGUCACAGUAUACUGUUAUUUUCUAAGACAGAGGUCAGCCAACAAUAGCCAUGGACCAAAUAGAUCUUUACUUUCGACUUGUAAUUUUAGAAAAACAUAAAGUGUACUUUGUUUUAUAAACAAAAAGAUUGUUCUACAUCAUUAACCUAAGGAUUUGAAUUUAGUUAGUUACAGAUUGGAUAUUACUGAUUGAUUUGGAAUUUAGUCAGUUACAAAUUGGAUAUUUAGUGCAACCAAGACCACAAGAAAAAUUGGUGCACCAUAAACUCAGUGUACCAAUAAAUUGAGACCUUUUCUCUAAAGCAGUGUUAAGCCAGGCUAUUUCACUAUCAUGAUUAUUUAUCUAUUUGUUUUUCAACCCAAACAUUCACACACACACACACACACACACACACACACACACACACACACACACACACAUUUUCAUUUCCUGGUCAUAUAUAAAAAGUUUCAUAAGCCAAGGAAAUAGCCAUCCAUUUGAGAUCCUGUUGUGGUUGUGGGUAGACACUCUCAUUGAGUAGAAGAGUUCAAUGAAAUUAGUCCUGUAGUUCAUCCACUGAUUUGAUGCAGGCAGCUCUGUCACAUGUACAGCAAGAUAAUGGUCAAGCAAACCAUACAGAUGCUUCUUUUAAAACAGCUACAUGCUUUCCACACAGCAAUUACUUCUGCAUUUGAGACUUGCCACCCAUUUGCUUGUCCCAAGGAAAAUGAUAUGAUAUACAUAGAUCAGGUCCAUGAUAGGUUUCUUGAGCAAUGGCAUGCUGAUUAAUAAUGCCUGGAGACCAUCUGACUCUCCCUUAUGGACUCCCACCAAAGCAGAAAGUAUGCAGUUUGUUCCUCCCUGUGCUUUGAAGUUAAUCAGAGUUUGCAUAAUGCAACCUUCCUUCAGUCCUUUUCCAGGCAGCAUGCAUGCAAAACUUGGAUGGUGUCCACACAUGUGAGAUUGUUUUAGUUCGGUAUGACUGUUACGAGAAAAUAGUUUACUCUGGGAAAUUUGUAAACAAGAAUAUUUGUAGCAAGACAAUCUGGAAGCUGAGAAGACCAAGAUUGGGGCAACAGAAGAUUCAGUGUCUGGUGAGAUCCUUUGCUCUGCUUCAUUGAUGGGUGUUCUCUGUGCUUCCUCACAGCGAGGGGUGCUGAACAAGCCCCCCCCCCCCCAGCCUUCUAUGGGCAGUUAUCUCCUUCACAACUUACUCACCUUCCAAAGACUUGUAUUAGUUCUGUUGCACUGGGGACUAGGCUUGAACAUGCAAAUUUAGAGAUACAGACAUUGAAAACACAGCACAGGCAUUUGCAGGCAUUGGGGCAAUUGUCAAUAAGCAGUUUCCAGUGAAGAGUCUACUUGGCUCUCUUCUUGCCACGCAAGAAAGGGAACAACAGAGUUGAUUAGAGUGAUAUGGUUUUAAAGGCAGUUUAAGAACAUUCUAAUUUGUUUUUUAAAGUUCUUUUUAAAGUUUUGUAUGUUAUGAUUGAUUAACAACCUUGUAACAUCAUAUUUAAGACACACUAAAUAGGAGAUGCCCCAAAGCACAGAGAAUGAGCCCUAUGCAAAACACUGUCUGAGCAGCCCCAGUUUAUCUACAACCGUGAGGAAUUUGAGCUGUGGGGAGUAAGCUCUUCAGAAAAAAAAAAAAACAAACAAACAAACAAAAAAAACCCCACAGCAUUAAAAGCAGAGAUGUGAAGCAUUGUGAAACUUGGACUUCAUCACCCCGAGAAAUGGCCAGUCCAGGCCGUCUGGUCUCGGAAACCUUGCCCAGCGUGAACGUUGGAGGCAGAAGAUGAUAAAGAUGUCCCAGGUGUGCCCAGAGUCCCACACAUCUCACCAGCUAAGCUUCUGAGCUCAUCAGCUCCCUACUGUGCAGCUUUCCUUCAUUCAUGUAGCUUGGGGAAGUUUGACUGGAAGCCUCAGGAAUAAAUUUGGAUAUUUUUCCAUAUCAUAAGGACAUGCAACAAUACGGCUUAUUAAUUUAGUGCAAAUGAGUAAUAUAGUCUAAUCUAAACUGUGUUAAAAUUUUAAAAACUCUUCUUUGUAUUCUAUCUACCAUUUAAAACAAAACACCAUAAACAAAUGGGGGGUAUUAUAGAUGUAAAGUGUUAUUCAGCAAGAUUUAUUCAAGGUCUUAAAUGAUUCAGGCAUUAAGAACAUAAAAAUACUCAAAAUCCUCUGUAAACCCCAUAUUCCCUAACCGCUGGUUUAUAAAAACAUCUGGGGCUAUAGAAUUCGUCUGGUUCUUCUAGUUGACCGUGUUACUUUAAACUAAGUCAGAAAGUUGAAGCAAAUCAUUCCUUUCGUGUGUAUUUCCUGGCAAACGCGUGUCAUUUAUUUUAAAGAAUCUCCGAAUAAAAAGCCAAAUUGCUGGAA